AUGCACGGCGGCGGGAAGCGAGGCCUGGCGCGGAAGCAUGGCGGCGGCGAUGAGCAGGGCUUGGAGCAGAAGCACGGCGGCGGCGAAGAGCAGGGCCUGGCGGGCUGGAGUGGUUGUCGACGGCAGGGCCUGGCCCAGAUACACGGCGGCGGGAAGCGGGGCCUGGCGCGGAAGCAUGGCGGCGGCGAUGAGCAGGACCUGGCGGGCUGGAGUGGCUGUCGAUGGCAGGGCCUGGCCCAGACGCACGGCGGCGGGAAGCGGGGCCUGGCGCGGAAGCAUGGCGGCGGCGAUGAGCAGGACCUGGCGGGCUGGAGUGGUGGUCGAUGGCAGCACCUGGCUCAGAUGCACGGCGGCGGGAAGCAAGGCCUGGCGCGGAAGCACGGCGGCGGCGAUGAGCAGGGCCUGGAGCAGAAGCACGGCGGCGGCGAAGAGCAGGGCCUGGCGGGCUGGAGUGGCUGUCGAUGGCAGGGCCUGGCCCAGAUGCACGGCGGCGGGAAGCGGGGCCUGGCGCGGAAGCAUGGCGGCGGCGAUGAGCAGGACCUGGCGGGCUGGAGUGGCUGUCGAUGGCAGGGCCUGGCCCAGAUGCACGGCGGCGGGAAGCGGGGCCUGGUGCCGAAGCAUGGCGGCGGCGAUGAGCAGGACCUGGCGGGCUGGAGUGGCUGUCGAUGGCAGGGCCUGGCCCAGAUGCACGGCGGCGGGAAGCGGGGCCUGGCGCGGAAGCAUGGCGGCGGCGAUGAGCAGGACCUGGCUCGGGUGUCCAGCAGCGGCGUCGAACAGGGCCUGGCGCUGAUGUUUGGCGCUGGAGAGCAGCGCCCGGCCCGGAGAGAUGGCAACCAGCUGCGCCUGGUUCGGGUGCACGGUGGUGGUGGCGAGCAGGGCUCUGCUCAGCUGCACGGCUACGAUUAG